CGUUGUCGCGGGAAAUGUAGCUAGGACUUUGUUUACAAAAAGAAAUUUCAUUAAUAUAGCGUAGUACAUAUAAUGCUUAGUAGAUUUCUAUCUUUGUUCAAUUUAGGAAUGCGUGCAUAUAAAGUACAAGAUGUGCGAAGGGAGAAACGGGUUGGUGUCACUGCUAAAACUUUCCAAGAAUUGUUGAAGAAAGGUUGUGAAAAGCUGCAGAUAGAUGAAGAUGAUGUGACUGUUGUGCUGGAAGAUGAUGGUACACUGAUAGACACUGAUACAUUCUUUAAAAAGCUACCUGCACAAACAGUGCUUGUAUUUCUGAGGAGAGGAGAAAAAUGGGGAGGAGCUGGAGCCUUGAUCCAUGAUGCUUUGAGUAAAUUAUACAAUGUUUCAAAGAAAAAUGAGAUCGCCGAGCAGAUUCGAGACAUGCUGACUGACGAGGGUUCACCAGAGAAAGUUCAUAUAAUUUCACAGUACUUAGAACUGCUAGAGACAGACCCAGAUUCUGAGUAUAGAUAUGAGAAUGAAGAUUGGUUUGAAGGUCUGAACAAGAAGUAUAAGACUAAACAAGAGGUGUUACGGCACAACGCUCAAACCAGGAUACGGAGCUACUUUAACACGGCUAAAGAACAGAUAGAUAAAGAGCAAGACAUUGAUUCCAGAGAGACGUUGACCGAUCUUCUUGAUCGGUUGAAUACACAACUUAAAAAGAACGACUUCCAUGGAAGCUAUUUUGAUAGGACAGCAAAAACUAGUGAUCGUCUGUGUGACAAGAAAGGCUGGUUUCAGUGUGAGGGGCCAUUCGAUAGUGAACGAUGUGAUAGCUUCCACACAAUAAAUCCGUACGCUUCAAGGGGUUAUAGGCAGUUGUUUGGUUUGUGGAAUCUAGACCAUGUCAUCGAAAAAUCACGAGAAAUUCUGCCGACGUUGAUUGAGGCGACAAAGACGAAGAAGAAACACCAACAGAUUAACUGGGAACAUGUAUAUAAACUGCUGUUUACCAAGAACAACCUAAAAUUGGUGCAGAUUGGCUGCCAUAAAAAGGCAGCAAGGACACAGACGUGUAAUAUAGAUGAUUUCCUAAUCAGCUGAUAGUUGUACAAUAUGUUGUGUAUUGUCUGUUUUGUGGCUGAUAUUUAAGCGCUGGUUUAUGCUUACAUGAUGCAAUAUCAGCUCUGUUGUAGCAUCUAUUGAACCUUUACUCAGAAACUACUAUAGCAGCCACCUGAUUUAAGCAGCCACUUUGAGCUGAUUUCUACACUAUGUCUCCCACUACACAUUGGUGUUGGAGACAUACUGAUUUACUGCAGUCUGUGUGUCUGUCACAAAACUUGUCCGCACUCUUUAAGUCGAACAGUUCUCAUCGGAUCUUCACCAAACUUAAAUAAAAUGACAACUGGCAAAACAAUCUUAAAUUUUCUUCUUAUGUUGGUCAAUGUUUGGGUCGCUCGAAACUAUGGAUAACUCGAGCAUUUUGCUCAUCCCCUUGCGACCUCGAGCGAGCGGUGUUUUACUGUAGCAGGGUAAGGGCUAGAGUGACUCUAAAUGCAGACUGAAACAUUUUUAGGUUUUUUUUUUUUUUUUUUUUUUUUUGUUUUUUUUUAAAGCUCUCCUGAGCACAAAGUGCUCAAAGGUGAGCUUUAGUGAUCACCCUGUGUCCAUCAUCCAUCCGUCAUCAGUCGUCAACAAUUUGACUGUUAACACUCUAGAGGUCACAGUUUUAGCCCAAACUUAGUGGAACUUUGUCAGAAUGUUACCCUCAAUAAAAUCUUGGACAAGUUCGAUAUUGGGUCAUCUGGGGUCAAAAACUAGGUCACAAGGUCAAAUCGAAGGAAAAGCUUGUUAACACUCUAGAGGUCACAAUUUUGGCCCAGUGUUAAUGAAACUUCGUCAGAAUGUUACCCUCAAUAAAAUCUUGGACGAGUUUGAUAUUGGGUCAUCUGGGUUCAAAAACUAGGUCACCAGGUGAAAUCGAAGGAAAAGCUUGUUAACACUCUAGAGGUCACAUUUUUGGCCCAAUCUUAAUGAAACUUGGUCAGAAUGUUACCUUCAAUAAAAUCUUGGACGAGUUUGUUAUUGGGUCAUCUGGGGUCUAAAACCAGGUCACCAGGUCAAAUCAAAGGAAAAGCUUGUAAACACUCUAGAGGUUACAAUUUGGGCCCAAUCUUAAUGAAACUUGGUCAGAAUGUUACCCUCAAUAAAGUCUUGGACGAGUUUGAUACUGGGUCAUCCAGGGUAAAAAAACUAGGUCACCAGGUCAAAUCAAAGGAAAAGCUUGUUAACACUGUAGAGGCCACAUUUAAGACUAUAUCUUGAUGAAACUUGGUCAGAAUGUUAAUUUUGAUGAUCUCAAGAUCCAGUUUGAAUCUGGGUCAUGUAGGAUCAAAAACUAGGUCACCAGGUCAAAUCAAAGGAAAAGCUAGUUUACACUGCAGAGGCCACAUUUAUGACCAUAUCUUAAUGAAACUUAGUCAGAAUGUUAAUCUUGAUGAUCUAUAAGUCAAGUUCAAAUCUGGGUCAGGUGGGGUCAAAGACUAGGUCACUAGGUCAAAUCGAAAGAAAAGCUUGUUAACACUCUAGAGGCCACAUUUAUGACUGUAUCUUCAUGAAACUUAGUCAGAAUGUUAAUCUUGGUGAUCUUUAGGUCAAGUUCGAAUCUAGGUCAUGUCUGAUCAAAAACUAGGUCACUGGGUCAAAUCAAAGGAAAAGCUAUUUAACACUUUAGAGGCCACAUUUAUGACCAUAUCUUAAUGAAACUUGGUCAGAAUGUUAAUCUUGAUGAUCUUUAGGUCAAUAGGUCAGGUGAGCGAUACAGGGCCAUGAAGGCCCUCUUGUUUUCAAGAUAAAAUGGGAGGAAAGCAAGUCUGCUCCUGAAGUAACAAAUAAUGAUUGAGAAAUUGUUGAGGAAUUCUAAAUACUUUUUUAAGGACUUUUUUUCAAAACUUGCAUUUCUAAAACUUUGUUGUAAUUUCUGUAUCAGCACUUGUAUUGUUGCCCGAAUUGCAGAAUCUUAGUAUAUCCUGAUACAUGAUUAUACUUUGUAUCCUAUUUCAGGAUUCUUUUAACCUUUAGCUUGUUGGCGGCAAGUGAUUCUGCCUUUGCGACCAGUGCAGACCAAGAUCAGCCUUGCACAUCCGUGCAGGCUGACCAUGGUCUGCACUAGCCGAGGCGGCCCAGGCACUUUAGAAUUAUGGCCUUGAAUUACCUAUAGGCCACUUACUCCAAAACUUACCCGAUUGUCAACUUACUCAGAAACUAUCAAAGGAAUAUUUUCUGAGAGUAAACAGUUUAUAAAGACUCAGAUGAUUAGGCAGUUGUGGGAGACAUGUGCUUUUCUCAAAAGCAGCUCUAGUUUCUUAUUCUUUGGUCAGGUUAUUGGACACUUACUCAGAAAGUCUGGCUUCCGAGGGGCAGUUGAUCACACUGUGUCCUAGUUGCAUUUAAAGAGAAUAUUGGUAACAAUGCUCUAUAUAGUUAUGACCCACCUUUGCGGCUACCUUCUAUUCACACUCAGCAAGGUGUGCACUAAAGCGGACUAUGAGGUCAUCUUGUGUAAAAUGUCCUUUCUGGAUUGUUUCUUGCUGUAACACAGUACAUGGUGCAAAAAUAACUAAUUGGUGAUGUCUGGCUACAGGCAUAUGAGUGCAGUUGUUACCGGUAUUGCAGUAGAAUACUUUUAUUUUUUUCCAUUGAAAAGGUUCAGGUUGUUUACACUGAUGAAUUUAUUAUCUGUGAAAUAUCGUUUAUUUGUGUGGCAUCUGUGAAAUUUAUGUAUUUUUGUGUAACAUCUGACUGUGAUGAUGUGUAUUUGAGCCGUGCCAUGAGAAAACCAACAUAGUGGGUUUGCGACCAGCAUGGAUCCAGACCAGCCUGCACAUCUGUGCAGUCUGGUCAGGGUCCAUGCUGUUAACAGUUUCUCUAAUUUCAAUAGGCUUUGAAAGCGAACAGCAUGGAUCCUGACCAGACUGCGCGGAUGCGCAGGCUGGUCUGGAUCCAUGCUGUUCGCAAACCCACUAUGUUGGUUUUCUCAUGGCAUGGCUCAUUUUUACUUUAAACAAAGCCAUAUUAUGCAACAUUCCAUUUGUGAAAUUGUGAUGCAAUAUUUUAUAUGUGAAUGGCCAUAGUUUUGUAUUUUCAUAUGGAUAAGUAUGGAUUGUAUUUUGUUAACUUCCCUUCAUGUUCACAUCUUGAUAACUGGUAACAUUGUUCUACCCAAACACGAGGUGGAGGCUAUAUGUGUCAGUAUUAUCAUACUGGAGGACUUUCCUUGAAACAAGUUUGAUGGACACAAAAAAAUGUUCACCAUGAUAGUACCACCAAAAUCUGAUAUGGUGCAAGUUACUGUAUACAAGGUCAAGGUCAGAAUUUGAGGUCAAUGGUCAAAUAGCUAAAUAUUAAUCAGUUUGCCUUACCGAAUGGAUUUUUAUACAUAAAUACGGGAUUUUUAUAUAUAAAUACUGCAAAUAUUUUACAAGUAGAUUUUGAUAUAGCACAUUUUCUUUUGUUAACUGAACCAUCCUAUGUUCUUAGCAAAGGGGCAAUACAAAUGUCAGUGUAGAUACAGAGUGCUAGAGUUUUUUCCCCUGUUAAUAAAAAAUGGCAGGAAGAUUGGGAUGGGAACUUGAGCAGAACCAAGUCUGAAAAGCUGUACCAGAUAUGUGUUUGUGAUAAAUUGUUAAUGUGUUCUUUCCUUGUUAAUGAAUAUGAUUGUUAUUACUCUAUGAUGCAGAAACUGUUCAUGAAUAACUGACAUAUUAGUUUAAAUGAGGAAGAAAUGAAAUACAAUGUAUUCUAAUAUAUUCAGUUAUUACACUUAGAUCUCAAGUGCUGCAUUUUAUUUCUCAUAUUUUAACCAGUUUGUUCACAUUCUUUUUAUAUAUAUAUUUAGAAUAUUUUGAUACUGCACAAUUUUUUCUCUUUUUACAAAUACAGUAUAUCUUUCAAAGU